CAGCUGUUUGGUCAGAGCCACAAAUGGAAUGCCAUGCUCCUAUUCCAUUUAUGGUCAUAGUUAGCUUUAGCCGGAAACUGUUGUCGCUUUUAUUAUUGUCCGUCCUGACAUUGUUGAUUUUCAAAGUGUCCGUACAACAAACCUUACUGAGAUUCCGCGUUAUUUAAUUACCUAUAUAAAUUAUAAUUUGUUUAGGUUUAAUAAUGUGUAACGCAGUGGUACCUACGAGAACUUUAAAAGGAUUUGUCUGACCUGGGCGUUUCCGUGUUCCGUGUUUCGGUUCGGAACUUUUCGGUGUUGCGCUCCUGCCGUUUCCGUGUGUGAUAGGAGAGCAGCGGUGUGAUUUCUCAAGAGGCUUCUCUGGCAAAAUGCAGGACCCAAAUGAGGACACAGAGUGGAAUGAUAUCCUCAGAAAGAAAGGAAUUCUACCUCCUAAAGAGGUUCCCAAAGAUGAAGAAGAGGAGGAGGAGGAGCUGGCUCUACAACAACAGUCUGUCGUCAAAACAUAUGAGAACAUGACACUGGAAGAACUGCAUGAGAAUGAGGAUGAGUUUGGUGAGGAAGACGAGGCUGCAAUCGAGAUGUACAGACAGAAACGUAUGGCAGAGUGGAAAGCGGCUCAGUUGCAGACCGUGUUUCGAGAGGUUGUUGAAAUCUCUGGGCAGGACUACGUGAAGGAGGUGAACAAGGCUGGAGAAGGCAUCUGGGUCGUUCUGCAUCUCUACAAACAGGGCAUCCCUCUGUGCACCCUCAUUAACCAGCAUCUGAGCGCCUUGGCCAGAAAGUUCCCUCAGACAAAAUUCCUCAAGUCCAUCGCCACCACCUGCAUCCCUAACUAUCCCGACCACAACCUGCCCACCAUCUUUGUUUACCUUGAGGGGGAGAUGAAGGCACAGUUCAUCGGUCCUCUGGUCUUUGGGGGCAUGAACCUCAAAGUUGAAGAACUGGAGUGGAGGUUAUCAGAAUCCGGGGCGGUGAAAACAGACCUGGAGGAAAACCCAAGGAAGAAAGUCGAAGACAAGCUGAUGUCAGCAAUCAGGGGUUCACUCCCGACUAGAAAGGACAGCGAAUCAGAGGAUGAGGAUGAUUAGAUAACAAGGAACGCAGGGACCACGUGGCUGUUACACUCCGAAGAUGAAAUAUUUGAGCAGUGAUGUCGUCGACAUCCGAAAGAGCGACUACAUUUCCUCUUUUCUAAUAAUGCUAGGAUCAACCGCGCCGCUCAGAGGAACAUCGACUGGACAUCUGUCCGGACAGAACCACCAAAACCACGACUGUGGAAAAGUGUCAAUCAUUCUGUAUUUUCAGCAAAAUUCAUCUCUUAAACCGUCACAGAAACACCAAAGGCAAGAUUUUAAACAUUUUUUUUAAUGUUGUUUCCGGAUCAUUUUGUCACAAAAUGUACAUUGACAUACAAACCUGUAAAAUUAAAUGUGAGUUCACCUCUGUGCCACAACAAUUGUCACCAGUUUCUGUUAUUUAUAAUUGAUAUUUGUAGACUCUUAGUCACAAUCAACAAUAAAAGUUUUACACAAAA